AUGAACAUCCCUCAAGAAAUCAUCGAUCAGAUAGUGUCGUACCUCCCCGACCAGGUCAGCUACGUGAGAGCGGCGUUGGUCAAUAAGGCGUGGAAUUACGCUGCAACCUCAAUGUUGUACCGCCAUAUCGGUAUGGAGUUCAUGCCCCGGAAUUCUCACUUUGGGGAUAUGGAGUACCGGGGGAUGUACAAUGUUUGUUUGGCACUGGCAAAGAACCCUUAUACCAGUUCAGUGGUCCAAUCACUUCUAUUGUACUUCCACCAGCCCCAAGCCAACACAACACAACAACAGGAAUGGGAACCUUCAUUAUCACAAAUUCGGUCACUUUUGAAAGAAGUCAUCGACCGCAACGGGCUUCCUCGGGUCAGAAAACUGUCACUUUUGUAUCCUGAUUUGCAAAUCGCCCAUAUCCUUCUGAAAGGACUGUUGCCGCAAAUACACAGCUUGCAAGUCGUCUCACCAGCCUUUAAACACUUGUAUUUUGAGUCCGAGGAACCAACAGUGCUCAGCAACCUCCAGGAGGUGGAGUUCCAGUUUACUCAGGACAUCUCUCGACGGGGAGGAGGUUUUCUGUUUUCCGGUGAGCAACUAGCACUUAACCAAGAGUGGAAAGUGAUGGAAGACAAAAUGCAUGCCCGAGUCAACGGUUUUUUGUCUCGAUGCCCAUCGCUCCAAGUUUUGAAAAUAACUGGAACGAAAGAGCUUCACACAUUACUCCAAUCGGUCCAUUUCCCAUCGCUGAAAACCCUUGAAAUUGGCCAGGUUUUCAGUCACCAGGUCGACUUUGCGGUAAUCUGCCUGAGUUCAUUCCUUGAACGCCAUCCAACAAUCACACGGUUGGCAGUCAAUAGAUUACCUGAUGGUUCUUCACAUCCGUUUAUCAUCCCGAAAGAAUCAGUUCUCAACAUCCGAGAGUUCAUAUCCUGCAUCGAAGAGGUUCCAUCAGAUUAUCUCAGUUUUAUCAGACAAUUCCAACAGCUAGAGACAUUCAGACUUGAGCACCACAUGAUAGUAGGAUCAAUCUCACACAGGGAGGUUCUUGAAUUGCUGCCCGAGCUGCAACACCACCAGCCGGGAAUAAAGAACUUGACACUGCCAAUGCCAACACACAUAUCGGGCUGGACACUAACAGACGAGAAGCGAGCACUGGCAAGAUCUGCACUAGCGGAAUUUGGCGUGGCAUUCGCGGGAAGUGUCCCGGCAGUUGAAAAGUUUGGAAUCAGUCAGGUUGGGCGGUUUGAUAUGGAAGCAUCGGAAUGGGCACAGGCACUUUCUUUCCACAACUCCCUUCGAUACUUUGCUAUCAAAAUGUCGUUCCUCCCUACCAUAUCUGUUCACGAACCGGCGAGCUACAGACAAGGCCUCAUCAAUGACAUAGCGCGAUCCUUCUCCGCGGUGCCAAAACUGGAGACCGUGGUAUUCUUUGAAUCCCUCAAUCAACAGGCGGUCAAAGUCACAAUCCAGAGACUCGAUCACGGUGUCGUGGAAGGUAUCGAGGAACUGAUAAGUGUCGAAGAUGUGAAUGAGGAGUUUUUUGACGAAUUCUUCGACUCAGGAUGGUGA